UUUAAAGUGAUCAGACGUACGCUGCAGUGCUCCGAUUUGAAUAAUUUAACAUGAAUUAUGAAAUUGAAGGUGCAUCGCAAAAAUGUGUUUUUCCACGUCUGCAUAUUUUUAAUAUGUGGUGCACAGGUAAUGGAACCAACGCCGAAAAAAUGAGGAAAUUGAUUUCCGAUGUGCAAGCGGAUAUUGAAAACAACGGCUACAUUAUUCCAGAGUUGAGCGAAAUAUCCAAUAAAAUUGAGAACCUCUGCAAAACAAUUGUAACUUUUUGGAAAAAUUACAAACGGACAAAAUCUGCAGUUAUUAAAUAUCAAUCUGGAUGGCUUAAUACAAAAGAAUCAAUUUCAAUAAAACGCCCCUAUUGCAAAUCAAAUCAAAUAGAGGAAAGUGCUCAUCGGGGCCGUCCUAAACUUGAAUUUGAGGAGGCUUCAGAGAGAACAAAGCGACGACGUGUAGGUCAGCUCAUUAAAAUAGAUGAAUCCGCUGUUUCUUCUCUACGUAAUGAUGAUCGAAAUCAAAAUUUCCUGCCGGCAGAUCCCAUGGAAGUUAUUUCGCUUUUAAUGGAGACCUUCAUGACGAAGCACCAAUAUUUGCUGAUAAGAAACUUUGUAAAUACCAAAAUAUCCUUUGAAUUUUUUCCCAGUUACCAAAGAUUACUAAGUCUCAAAAAAAUAAGAUACCCUGAUGGUAUUUAUAUAGACGAAUCUCGUGCGGAAGUCGAACUACAAAGCUUACUAGACAAUACGGCAUCUAGUAUAAUAGAGCUUCAAAACAACAUCAUUGAAACUAUGCCUGAAAAUAUAGUUACGAAUUUAACUUUAAUUGGAAAAUGGGGCUUCGAUGGAAGUACAGGCCAUAGCGAGUAUAAGCAAAAGUUUUCAAACGGUGAUUUGGACGACAGAAGCUUAUUUGUAACAUCCUAUGUACCUCUCCAACUGGUUACUCAAAUAGAUAACACAAUAAUUUGGAAAAACCCCCGGCCAUCAUCGACUCGUUACUGUCGACCAAUAAGAUUUCAAUUUAAGAAAGAGACCGCGAAAGUGUCGAAAGACGAAGCAGAAUAUUUUGACGCAAAAAUUAAACAAUUAAAGCCAAAAGAAUUAAGCGUCUUUAAUAAAAAAGUUGUUAUUACCCAUAGCUUGCAUCUUACAAUGGUUGAUGGAAAGGUGUGCAACGCAAUCAGCGAAUCAUCCUCGGCAACGUGUUAUAUAUGUGGAGCAAAGCCAACAGAAAUGAACAAUAUACAAAAAUGUUUGAGUAAAGAACUAGAGGUCAAAAUGUGGCAAGUACGCGAUGAAGAAAAGAAGAUGCAAGUAUUGAACAGGAAGAAACACAUUCAGGAGGAAUUUCGCGAAAAAAUGGGAAUACUAGUGGACAAACCUAGAGAUGGAGGUAGAGGAUCUUCAACGACGGAAAUAUCGCAAGGAAAUUCUUUUGUAAUGCAGAUUUGA